CGAAAGACCUUUCUUUUUUUGGCUGGCUUUUAGAAAAACAAACAGAAUCUUUAAAAAGUUUUUGUGUGUGUGUGUGAAAUCAAAGGGAAUAUCAAGAUGUCUGGAAGUGUUCCAUCAGAUAUGAUAAAUUUGCGCCUCAUUUUGGUAAGUGGAAAAACAAAAGAGUUCUUGUUCUCACCAAAUGAUUCGGCAGCAGACAUUGCGAAGCAUGUAUAUGAUAACUGGCCAAUGGACUGGGAAGAAGAGCAAGUGAGUAGUCCAAAUAUUCUGAGACUUAUUUAUCAAGGACGGUUUCUUCAUGGCAAUGUAACACUAGGAGCAUUAAAACUUCCUUUUGGCAAGACCACAGUGAUGCAUUUGGUGGCUAGAGAGACGUUGCCAGAGCCAAACUCCCAAGGUCAGAGAAAUCGUGAAAAAACUGGAGAGAGCAAUUGCUGUGUGAUCCUGUAAAUGCUCUGCUGUAUCUGCUACUUGUGAUGUAGAAUAGUUUUUGUCUUUCAUGCCGCUGGACUAGAGGAGACCAACAUUGCUUCGAACAUCAUUAGGAACAGUCUACCUGUGAAUCCAUUGAACUGAAAUAUUACAUGAACGCUGUCACAUUUUUUUCCUAGAACAAUGAACACUUUUUUUUACCUUUUUACUUUUUAGGUUGUUGAACAAGCUUAUUAAUACAUCACUUCAAUGCAUUCUGUCUCUAAGAAAAAGUUAACUAUUCUCUUCAACAGGAAUCAUUUUGCUGCCAUAAAAUCAUUCUUAAUCUGAACUUUAACCAGUCAAGAUUUCUAGAUGCAAUUUGCACUAAAAAUGGUUGGCAAGACAUAGACCUCAUCUACAAAAGUUCUUAAGAAUUUGAAACACAGAGAAAAUGAAUCAGCACUGGAAAAUACUAUCAGCAGUCUUGUUUUCUUGAAUUCAGUGAUGGCCAACUGAAACGCAGAAAAAUAACUACUAAAAUAAUUCUACCUAAGUCAGCCUUGAUGGCCAAACUGGCACAAAUACUAACUAAAAUUGUCUGACUAUAGACAUAUAUAAAUAUAUAUAUUUUCACUGCAACAAACAAUGUGCCUGUAAUUUUAAAGCACUCUGUAGAGGGCUGUUGUAACUGAUUUUUUUUCAUUGAUAUGCACUCUUCUCUUGUACAUUAGUUGAGUGCUUGUUCAGACAGCACAAAUAAGUGCAGAGAGUGCAUUUCCUAGCCUUAAUAUGGGAGGGGUAAUUUCCUGUAGUUCAUAGGCUUUUAUUAAUGUGCAUAAAUAUUAGAAGACCUCAUUUACUAAUCAAUUUUAUGUCUUUAAUAUCAACAGUUGAUGUUUUUCAAUCAUUCUUAUUCCAUCUGUACUUUAGUAUCCAGAGUCAUGCUUACUCAUUAGUGACUUCAAAGAAAAUGACGAAAUGAAAAAAAGGAGGAAAAAAGUAGAAAAACCUCUGCCAUAUGCUGACUUUUUGUUUGUUUAUGUUAUCUGCAUUUGGUAUUAGUGCUUGCAAUUGUAUUGGGAGUCAAAAGCUGUUUUUUUAAAAAACAAAAACAAAAACAAAGCAUACAUAGUUACAAAGGAUGCCAUUCUUUUAUUUCAUAGAAUUUUAAGAACUGAUAUGCUAAAAAAUUGCACAGCACUAAAGCAUGAGUUGGUUUCAUCUAAACCUGUAAAAAAUAUAAAAGAUUUUAUAUAUAUUUUCCACUAGGGAGAAAUUCUUCCUAGUUGAAAUUACAAAUCUGUAGAAUAUAUUUAAUAAAAAUCUUAUAAAAACAUGAUUAUAGAACUUAAAUAUAGAUUGGCGUGUAGAAUAAUAUGACAAUAAUCCAUAUAAAUAGCUCUAGGCUUUAAAGAAUGCAGGUUGACAUUGUGUUCUGUACUUGAGUCCACGGCCCUUACAAACAUGUGUUUUUUGAAUGAUCAACUUCAUUUAAAUGUAAUCAGGUUAUUUUAUUCAAUGUUAUUGCUUUGACAAAAUGCUUUAUAUGCAGUAGGUCUACAAAGAUAUUGUUCAUAAUGAUCAAAAUUAAAUUUGUAUAGAGCAGAGUUUUAAAACAAAUUGUAAAUAGCACUAAACAUUUUCUUUCUGCAACCUGUACUGAUAGAUUCUUCUGUAAACUAAAUAAAAGAAGAAUACUGUA